AUGGACAAGCGCUGGAAGUCGACCAUCAAGCCGGGAAUGGGCAACCGCGCCAAGGCUGUAACUCUGCUGCUUCGAGAGGAAGUGAAGAGUGACAAACGACAAGCGGUGGCGGACGCGCUGGCGGCCAAACUCACGGCCAAGUAUGCCAAGCAGGACCCGGUGUUCGCCAAUUCCAUCACCAGUAUGGCGAAUCGUCUCUUGUUGCACUCGCAGAAGCGGGUCAUGGAGGGGGACAUUGUGGCGCUGGAAGCAGUGGUAAAGAAGAUGAGUAUGGAGCGGCAGAAGGGCAAGCAGCCAGGCAACAACAACGAUGGCAAAGGAGGUAAUGGUGGCGUAGGUGUCAACGGGGAGACAACUCGAAGUUCCGCAAGUGCCGGAGCUCAAAUCGGAGCCAAGAGUCCACCCGCUAACUUGGACGCUCUCAAGGGACAAGACGAGUGGGUGCUGCUGAACGCCCUCACCCUCGUGGAGUUUGAGAGCGACCAGGAGAAAGAAAAAGCCAAAUAUAUCGAGAAGAAGCGCAUGCAGAAAGCCUGGCUGGACGCUCAGCAGCAGGAGAAGGCCAAGUGCCGCGACAGCGAGAAGAGGAUGAACGACGAGGCCUUCCAGCACCAAGUGCAAGAUCUGAGCAAGUGGAAGGAGCAGGAGAGCUCCAAGCUGCAACGCCAACACGAGAGCAUCAUGAAGGUGCGUCGAGAGCGCGACGAGCAGCUCAGGCAGCAGAAAAUGGCUCUGGAGCAGCGUGAAGCGCAACGCAAACAGGACGAGGCAGCCGAGGUCGAGCGCGUGCAGGCCGAGCUCAAGUGGCUCGAGACUGACGCGCGUCGUCGUCGUGAGACUGAACACGCUCGAAUGAAGAAGCUGCAGGCUGAAAACACCCUCGUCCAGCAACACAAGAGCCGCGUGAAGCUGCAGGAGCACCAGGAAGACGUCGAACUCAUGGAGGCGUAUGCUCGUCGAUUGGCUCGUGAAGACGAGGAGCGUAUGCGCAGACUGCAAUCGAACCUCCAGCGUCGCGAUCACCAGCAGAUGGGGAUCGCCGAGAGUUUGCAGGCUCAAAUGAAGCAGAAGGCGCUGGACGACGAGCGUCGUGCCGAGGAAUACCAGAAGAAGAAAGAUGAGGCCGAGUUGCUCAAGCAGCAGGAGAAGCAGGCGGCGAAGCACAAAGAGGCUCUCGAGCGGCAGCAAUUUCUGCUGGAACAGCGAGCCCAUAAGAAGCAGCGAGAGCGUCAGGAAGUGGAGGACGAUCUUACAUUUGCGCGUCAGUAUCACGCCGAGGGUCGAGCUGCUAUUGAAGCGCAGCAGCGCCAGGCUCGCGGUGUGCGGCAGCGGAACAAGAGCUUCCAGGAGAAGCUCAUGGUGCAAAUGGCCGAGCAGAGGCAGGGCCAGCCCAUGUCGCCGCUCCACUUGCCCCGCACACUCAUGAACAGCCGAGAGAAGCACCUGAACGCCAAACUACUGCAGAAACUCGAGGAUGCCGAUAUGGGCCAGAAGGUGCUGGAGAAGCUCAGCCCUGCGAAGGAAGCGCCGGUCAUUAGCACGAGCUUCUACUGA